UUUCAUUUCCCUCACAUAUUAUUAUACAGUUGACUGGUCAAGUACUCUCUACUUUCCCCACCCUUUGCUCUCUAUCAUUUUUUUUUUUCGUUUGUUCUGUAAAACCCUAAUUCCCCAAAUUAAAUCCAUUUUCCGUCUCGUUUCUGUUGGUCAUCUGCAAAAUCUCCAGCUGUUUCUCUUUCUUCAUCUACAUGCAACCUCAUUUCCUUCCGAAAGCUUCAAUCUUUUUUCCCCAACCCCGUUUUCAAUUUCCUAAAGAUCGUCGAAUCCCUCCAUUCCCAUCGAGUUUUUCUUCAAAUUGAUUCUUGAUUCUUGAAAUUCAUUAGGUCCCCGGAGCGCAAAGCUGGCGAUUUGUUCCCGGUGCCGGUGAUGGCGGAUCCGCCACAAGUCCGCGGAGCUGGUGUUUGAAUUUUCGAUUUUCUCUGGUUUUGGGUUUGAGCUGACACUUGAAGAGGAGGCUGAGCCGUUGAACUCUCUUAAGGUUAGGGUAAAAUGCUGAGCGUGCUAAGGGUGCACCUGCCGUCAGAUAUACCGAUCGUGGGGUGCGAGCUGACUCCGUAUGUGGUUUUGAAGCGCCCCGAUAAGUCCAUCACUACAGAAGAUGUCACUGAGCUGAAUCCGGUUGACGGACAUUUCUUGACAUACAAAUGGUACCGUGUGCAGAGUGACCGAAAAGUUGCAGUCUGCAGCGUCCACCCAACCGAGCAGGCAAGCUUGCAGUGUAUCUUAUGCGUCAAGGCGAAAAUACCCGUCACCAAGAGCUACCAUUGUUCCUCGAAAUGUUUUGCCGACGCCUGGCCCCACCACCGUGUCCUCCACGAACGUGCUGCCAGCGCUGUCAGCGAAAACGGCAAUGAGGAGGAUGAGAUUUUAAUGCAAAACGGCAGUGGUGUGAGCCUGCCGACUUCUCAGUCGAACCCCAACCUAGCCAACAGCAGCGCAACCCUCUACCCGUCUGCGGUUGCUCAGAGGAACGGCAGCGAGACAUGGUUCGAGGUUGGGUACCACAAAACGUACACGCCUACAGUCGAUGACAUUGGCCACGUUCUUAAAUUCGAGUGCGCCGUGGUUGAUGCCGAGACGAAGCUGGCCGUGGGGCCCACCAAUACGCUGCUGACCUCUCGCGUGAUCCCGGCGCCCUCCCCCAGCCCGCGGCGAUUGAUCCCGCUGAGUGGGAUGGACGUGCCUGGGAGUUUGGGUGUGGACGGAAGGAUUAUGUCGGCUGGAGCUUUUACGGUUCUCUCGUACAAUAUCCUGUCAGAUAAGUAUGCUACGAGCGAAUCAUAUAGCUACUGCCCUAGUUGGGCUCUUUCGUGGACCUACCGUAGGCAGAACCUCUUGCGGGAAAUAAUUGGCUAUCAUGCGGAUAUAGUUUGUCUUCAAGAGGUUCAAAGUGAUCAUUUUGAGGAAUUCUUUGCUCCGGAGAUGGAUAAACAUGGGUAUCAAGCUUGUUUUAAAAGGAAAACAGCAGAGGUUUUUGUUGCGUCCAUCAAUACUGUUGAUGGCUGUGCUACUUUCUUCCGUCGUGAUAGAUUCUCUCACGUCAAAAAAUAUGAGGUUGAGUUCAAUAAAGCUGCACACUCUCUAACUGAUGCUUUGGUUCCUAGUGCACAAAAGAGAAAUGCUCUAAAUCGGUUGGUCAAGGACAAUGUUGCGUUGAUUUUAGUCCUUGAAGCCAAGUUUGGUAGCCAAAGUAUUGAUAACCCGGGGAAGCGUCAGCUUGUUUGUGUGGCAAAUACACAUGUAAAUGUGCCUCAAGAGUUGAAAGAUGUCAAACUUUGGCAGGUUCAUACAUUAUUGAAAGGUCUGGAAAAAAUUGCUGCUAGUGCAGACAUCCCAAUGUUGGUCUGUGGUGAUUUCAGUUCGGUACCUGGAAGUGCCCCUCAUACUCUCCUUGCUAUGGGGAAAGUUGAUCCACUUCAUCCCGACUUGACUAUCGACCCCCUUGGAAUCCUUCGACCAACUGCUAAACUAACGCAUCAGCUGCCAUUGGUAAGUGCCUACUCAUCCUUUGCGAGAGGUGUGGUUGGUUAUGGCCUAGAGCAGAGAAGGAGAAUGGAUCCUGCUACCAACGAGCCUCUGUUCACUAACUGCACUAGAGAUUUUAUCGGCACCCAUGAUUAUAUAUUUUACUCAGCUGACUCCUUAACAGUGGAGUCCUUGUUGGAGCUCUUGGAUGAGGCUGACUUGCGUAAAGACACGGCCCUUCCUUCUCCUGAAUGGUCUUCUGACCACAUUGCACUGUUAGCUGAAUUUCGCUGUAUGCCCAGAAGGACUAGACGCUGAGUAAGAGGUCUGUCUUACCCAAGAGAUUAUUGCACACAAGAAAUUAGCUGGCAAUGAUAUUUGAAACAGAGGAAGUGAUUGUGAAGGUUGACCAUUGUACCCCUGUUCAAUUUCUAUAGGUGUAUGUAUGUUUCUCCUACUGGGGGAGAGUGUUGUUUGGCUGCCUUUGUGUUGUGCUAUAACUGUUGUACCCUAUAGAAAAAUACUUAUAGUGCCUUAUUUAGUUUUCCUCCCCUUCAAGUUGAAAUAAAGGGAAUUUGUCUUGUGCUCAAUUUCACUACAGUACCAUGUGUUUUUUCAUUUAGUUUGAAAGAAUUCCUUUUUCUUUUCCUUUUACAG